AUGUUCGGUGGGGGGGAGGAAUACUUUCAGGAGCCCCCGGCGAUCGACCGGGAGACGCUGCAGGCCUUUGCCGCCUUCUGCGCCGCCCUCCGCGAGCUUCGGCGGCCGACCAAGACGGCCAUCGAGGCGGCGGCCUCCCUGGGCCGCGCGGUCGGGGCCCACCCCCAGGCCUUCGAGCUCGUCGUGGGGGCGCUCUUCCGUCACGUGAAGGUGUGGACGGGGCCCCACCAGCUGGCCUGCUGGUACGUCCUCGACAGCCUCGCCAAGGCCGGGCGCGAUCACUACGGCCACGUCGCCGGGCGCUACCUGCUGGAGGUCGGGCGGGACCACAUCCCCUACGAGGACCCGACCCUCGCGGCCAAGUACGACAGCCUCGUGGCCCACUGGGAGCGGGUCUUCCCACGCCACGUCGUGGACGCGAUUUGGCUCGGGAAGAAGGAACGGCUCUGGGCCGUGGCCCACCCCGACGAGGUCGCCGAACAGCAGCGCGCCGAGGAGGAAACCUGGGCCCGCGAGGAGCGCGCGAUGGCGGACGAGGACGGGCUGAACCUCUUCGGACAGCCCUGCAUGGAUUACCUGCAAGGGCGCUGUAUUUGGGGGGCGGAAUGCCGCCUGUAUCACCCGCCUGGCGAGGAGGGAUCGCUGCCGAUGGAGUGUCGAAUGGGAGAUUGGAAGUGCCCUUCCUGUGGGGUGAUUAAUCGACAUUUUCGUCGGCGAUGCGCAAACUGCGUGCGGGAGAAGCCGCAGUAUAAAAAAGAACGCACGCAAACAGCGGAGGAUGCCCUGUUAACGGCCCCCGACAACGCCGCCCUGCAAAGCCUUCGCCAGCAGUUUGGUUAUAAUCCGUAUCUCGAGGAAGAGGCUAUUCAGCACUGGAGGCUCCGCUUCGAGAACACUGACCUGAAGGAAUACCUGGACGAACGACGGGCCGCGUAUAAAGUUCGCAUUCUGCAUAGGAAGCCAAACAACGCGCUGGAGGAGCGCUGUAAAACACAAAAACACUUCCCCGAUGUCGAUAUCGGGCCUGAUGAGGCGUAUCUACGCUUUAUUGCAUCCGGUGGCACGCUAACUAAUGAACGAUCGGCUAAACAAAGGCGAUAUGAAGGUUUGAUUCCCCCCGGUACAGCUCCGUCCAGUGCGGUGUCGAUUCUUUCACAAAUGAUUUUAGAACGAGGCGUGCGCGAUUCAACAGCGGCGACGCUUUUUGCGGAGUUCGGGCGAUAUGUUCGCGCCUUGGCAAGUGAGGAGGGGGAGGCACAGAGGGGAAAUGCGGUGCUCUCUCCAACGCAAGUUGAGGCCCUUUUGUCAGCCGCAAAACUUGGGUUUACGGCCUGGAAUACGAACAAAGAGAGCGUACCUUUUGUUGCCGCUUUUUUCAAAACAAUCCGCCAUGUUGAGAAUAAAAUUGGCUUAAGCGCGGAAGACUCUAGUACCUUGCUUGCCAUGACGACAAACUUCUUAGCCUAA